GUUGAUUUGAGGCAUAUGGACGAGCAAACUGGGAGUAAUAUCGUCGAUGUUGGCGUUGAUUUAUCCGAAUUCUAUAUGUCUGUUGAAUGGGACAUUCUCGAAGUGCCAGCAGUGAGAAAUGAAAAAUUUUAUACGUGCUGCGAUGAACCGUACCUUGAUAUUACGUUUAAUAUAACACUAAGAAGAAAAACUUUGUUUUACACCGUCAACAUAAUUAUACCGUGCAUGGGAAUUUCAUUUCUUACCGUACUUACAUUCUAUUUGCCGAGCGACAGUGGUGAGAAAGUGAGUAAUAAAUAACACUU